AUGCGAACUCUCCAUUUAUUGAGUUAUCUUUUGGCAAUAGCAUGGGCUGAUCUAUUCACGGCAACUGCCGAUUUACAGCACAUGUUGGGUGCCGAGAAAAACAUCGUACCGGUGAUCAACGAUUACAUUGAGGCCGAACAGGAAAGAUUGGAACAAUUGAAAAAAUUCGCUGAAGAGUACAACACAAGGAAUGCAGAGGCACAAGAAGUGGGCACGGAAUUUGUGACGAAUCCGAUCAAUGCUUUUCUUCUCAUCAAAAGAUUGACAUCUGAAUGGAGACAGGUGGAGGAGAUGAUGCGGAACAAUCAUGCACAUCGAUUCAUCAAAAAUAUUACGGUGAGACGAGAGGAAAAUGAGGUAAAAUUCCCGGGUGAGGAAGAUCUGUCGGGAGCCGCGAUUGCUCUGCUUCGACUUCAAGAUGUUUACAAAUUGGACACACACGAUCUAGCGAAUGGAAUGAUUCGAGGAGAAAAAGUCGGACACAAACUGAAUACACAUGAUGUUUUCGAGGUUGGCCGAGCUGCCUACAAUGCAAAAGAUUACUAUCACUGUUUGAUGUGGAUGCAAGAAGCGCUGAAUAGGUUGGAAAACGAGAAUCCACAAACAAUUGAGGAGUCGGAGAUUUUGGAAUACCUCGCCUAUUCACUGUAUCAACAGGGAAAUGGAAACAUCAAAUGGUAUGAGGAUCGUCUUGAUGGAAAAGAAUUACAAGGAGAUUUACCACCAGUUGUCAAUAAGAGAGUUGAAUGGGAUGGAAUCCCGGAAAGAGACGCAUAUGAAUCGCUGUGUCGCGGAGAGGGAAAAAAGCCGACACCUGAAGAACAACGAAAACUUUAUUGCUAUUAUAAAAAUGAUCGUCCCUUCUUAAAGAUUGCUCCAAUCAAAGUUGAAAUCAUUCGACACAAUCCACUUGCCGUUUUGUUUAAACAAGUUGUCAGUGAUCGGGAGAUCGCUGUCAUUCAAGAUUUGGCAAGACCAAAAUUGAAACGAGCAACGGUGCAAAAUGCGGUGACAGGAGAGCUUGAACAUGCAUCGUAUCGAAUCUCAAAGAGUGCUUGGCUAAAAGAGAUGGAGAGUGAAGUGGUUGCAAGAGUGAAUCGACGAAUUGGUGAUAUGACAAAUCUGAAUCAAGAAACUUCUGAAGAUUUACAGAUAGCUAAUUAUGGCCUUGGCGGUCACUAUGAUCCACAUUACGAUUUUGCGAGGAAAGAGGAGACAAAUGCCUUCAAAACUCUCGGAACUGGCAAUCGAAUUGCUACAGUAUUAUUUUAUAUGUCUCAGCCGGAUCUCGGUGGAGCCACAGUUUUCAACAAACUUGGAAUUGCCUUUUUCCCAUCAGUUCACGACGCACUCUUCUGGUAUAAUUUGAAACGAAAUGGUGAUGGAGAUAUGCGUACCCGUCAUGCUGCUUGUCCUGUGUUGCUUGGAGUGAAAUGGGUGUCGAACAAAUGGAUCCACGAGCGCGGCCAAGAAUUCACUCGUCCCUGUGGAUUGGAUGAAGAUGUUUAUGAACGUUUCGUUGGAGAUCUUUCACCCACGCAUCGACCAAUC